AUGACUAUGACACUUAACGUUUUAUUAAAUGGAUCUUACAUAAUCCGAGCUAGUUUACAAAAAACAUCAUAUAUUAAAACUGCUCCAUUGCUGCUGACAAGGCACUAUUCUAUUAAUUCAAAAUAUAGUAAUCUGUUGAUUAAUCAAAACAGUUAUAAUGAUAAUAAUAUUCAAAGAUUUUUAAACAAUGUUAAAUGGAGACAAAGACUAUACUCCACUGAAAAGAAUGAUGAUAAUAAAAGUGAUAUUUCCAAUAGUAUAGAAAAUAAUGAAAACAAAAUUUCUGAUCAUGAUAAAAAAAAUAUAAUCACAGAUUCUAUUUCCAAUAAGGCAACUAAUAAUUCCGAAAAUAACACUAAUAGUAACGCUAACACCGACAUUAACACUAACAUUAACACCAACACUAACACUAAUGCUAAUACCAAUGCUAAUACCAACAUUAAUGCCAAUAGUGCCAAUGCCACCACUAAUGCAGAUAUAAGCCCCAAAUUUACCCAACAAUCCCUGGCAUCUAGGUUGUAUUCCUCUUUAAAUAUACGUAAAUCUGAAAAGAGUAUUGAAUCGGAACAAUCUAACCAUGAAACUAUCAAUCACGCUUUAUUGGCUACAAAGGAACAAGAGGCUAAUAGAAAUAUCUCUAGUCCAGAAGCACAAGCAGAAUUUUAUAGACUAUUAUUACAAGCAAAUUACCCUCAAUAUGUUGUCUCAAGAUUUGAAACACCUGGUAUUGCAUCUUCACCUGAAUGUAUGGAACUAUAUAUGGAAGGUUUACAGAGAACUGGAAGACAUUCAGAAGCUGAUGCAGUUAGACAAAGAUUAUUAACCGCAAGCUCCGCAGGCGCUGUGAACCCAUCCUUAGCAUCAUCCUCAACAAACAGUGAUAAUUACCCAAGCAAUAACUUUCCAUCUAUGUAUUCUCCAUUCUAUGGCUCUAAAAAAGAACCUUUGCAUGUCAUUGUAGCAGAAUCCACUUUAACAGUGGUUUCUAGAUGGGUUAAAUGGCUGUUGAUAGUUGGUCUAUUAACAUAUGGUGUCUCCGAAACUUUCAAAUACAUUAGUGAGAAUACAAGUCUUUUAAAGAGCACCGAGGUGGCAGACAAAUCAGUAGACGUUGCUAAGACUGACGUAAAAUUUGAUGAUGUUAAAGGUUGUGAUGAGGCUCGUGCUGAACUAGAAGAAAUUGUAGAUUUCUUGAAAGAUCCAGCUAAAUAUGAAUCACUUGGUGGUAAGUUACCAAAAGGUGUUUUGUUAACUGGUCCACCAGGUACAGGGAAGACUUUGCUAGCUAGAGCUACUGCAGGCGAAGCUGGUGUAGACUUCUUCUUUAUGUCAGGUUCUGAGUUUGAUGAGGUCUAUGUUGGUGUUGGUGCUAAACGUAUAAGAGACUUAUUUGCCCAAGCAAGGGCACGCGCUCCAGCUAUUAUCUUCAUCGACGAAUUAGAUGCUAUUGGCGGGAAACGUAAUCCUAAAGAUCAAGCAUAUGCUAAACAAACUUUGAAUCAAUUAUUGGUUGAAUUGGAUGGUUUUUCCCAAACUUCUGGUAUUAUUAUUAUUGGGGCUACUAACUUUCCUGAAUCCUUAGAUAAAGCUCUGACAAGGCCAGGUAGAUUUGAUAAGAUGGUUAAUGUGGAUUUGCCCGAUGUUCGUGGUCGUGCAGAUAUCUUAAGACAUCAUAUGAAAAAAAUUACUUUAGGUAAAGAUGUUGAUCCCACAAUAAUUGCACGUGGGACGCCAGGGUUAUCUGGUGCUGAAUUAGCUAAUCUAGUUAAUCAGGCCGCCGUAUAUGCCUGUCAAAAGGAUGCGUUAGCAGUCGAUAUGUCUCAUUUUGAAUGGGCUAAAGAUAAGAUUUUGAUGGGCGCUGAAAGAAAGACUAUGGUUUUAACUGAUGCUGCUAGAAAGGCCACCGCAUUCCAUGAAGCAGGUCAUGCAAUUAUGGCAAUGUAUACUAAUGGAGCCACUCCUUUAUACAAAGCCACAAUUCUACCACGUGGUAGAGCAUUGGGUAUCACGUUCCAAUUGCCAGAAAUGGAUAAAGUGGAUAUCACUAAGAAAGAGUGUCUCGCUCGUCUAGAUGUAUGUAUGGGUGGUAAGAUUGCCGAAGAGAUCAUUUUUGGUAAAGAAAAUACUACAAGUGGAUGUGGGUCAGAUUUACAAAAUGCUACUAGUACAGCCAGAGCCAUGGUUACACAGUAUGGUAUGAGUGAUCAUGUCGGCCCAGUGAAUUUAGCUGAUAAUUGGGAUAGUUGGUCUGGUAAGAUAAGAGAUAUUGCAGAUAAUGAAAUCAUUGAAAUUUUGAAAGAAAGUGAGGAAAGAACAAGAAAAUUGUUAACAAAAAAGAGUACUGAGUUGCAUAGACUUGCCGAAGGGUUAGUAGAAUAUGAAACAUUAGAUGCUGCAGAGAUUGCAAAAAUUUGUAAAGGUGAAAAACUAAACAAAUUAAAAAUGUCCACGAAUACAAUCGUUGAAGGUCCAGAUAAUGAUGAACGUAAGGAUGUAGGUGGAACAUCAAAGAUACCAACAUUAAUUAAAGCAUAA